AUGCCAUGGAGUCAUGGACCAUCACGGUGUUCUGGAGCGACCUUCUUUCAGGAAACAACAUUGAAGGUUCCGUCCCAAGCUACAUGGCAAAGACGGUACUCGAUUCUGCUGGCUCACCUAAAGUCUCAGAAUUAUCCCGUGGCUUGGGGGGUUUGCGUCGUUAUUUCUGGACAAAUGGCGGCCGUCACUACGCUGGUUGCAUUCUGGCUCUGGGGAUACAUUGACAGCAGGAUCCUGUCCAGCGCUUCCAAAAGGUACCGGCCGGUGCAGCGACAGGUCGGCAACCCGAGCUUCAAUUUGGCCACGUCGGACGUCAGUGUCAUUGUGCCAACCGUCAGCACCAAGACGUCGUUUCCCAGCUGCCUCCGGACAUGGGUCGCCAAUAAACCGCGGGAAAUCAUAAUCAUUGCCGUUGAGGGGGAGCGUGAGCACAUCACGAGCCUGAUUCGGGACGCAGCGCUGCCGCCGGAUGCCGCAACGCAAAUCAAGGUCCUGUAUGCGCCGGCGGCGAGCAAGCGAGAGCAGUUCAAGCUGGGCAUCGAAGCAACCAAGGGGAGCAUCAUCGUGAAUGUGGACGACCACAUCCUGUGGCCAGAGGCUUUCCUCCAAAGCGCAUUGCCCUGCUUCCACGACAAGUCGGUAGGGGCGGUUGGACCACCGCUCGCGGUGCACAUUCCGCAGCAACGCCGGAACAGCAGGGACGUUACUCCCUGGGAGACGGCCAUGACCAGGGCUCUUUGGAGGAGGAACAGCGGCCUUGCCGCCGUUUACGCCAUUGCCGGGUGGUGCUGGGUGCUGGCCGGGUCGACCGUCCUGUUCAGGGGCGAGAUUCUCCGCGACGCCCGAUUCUUGCACGGCCUGACCAACGACUACUGGCUCGGGCGGUUCAAGCUUGACACUGGCGACGAUACCUUCUCGUCCCGGUGGCUCCAGCAGCACAACUGGAACAUCGCCAUCCAGUCCAUGCCCGAGACGAGAGUGAGCCGAACGACGGUCAAGAGCGGACGGGCGUUUUUCGAACAGGCCUUUCGAUGGGAGCGAAGCACCAUUCAGUCAUUCCUCCGCACCCUGCGAGACGUCCCCCAGAUCUGGGAGAAACCAUACGUUGCCCGCAAAACUAUUGAGAGGGUUCUGCGGCCAGUUCUCACGGCGAUUCAUAUUCUUUCGUGGAUCUUUUCCUUCUCGACGUAUCCCAAGCUAGCAUCAUUGAUACUGGUGUAUUAUCUUUGGGAUGCUGCCUUGAGCUACGCCGCGUUUCUCAAAGAGUAUCCUUACAUGUGGCGUCAGCUGGGGGCGGUGGUGCUGAUGGACCAUUUCUACAUCAUCCAAGACAUCUGGAGUUGGCUGACUCUGGACAAUGUAAGCCACGUCAUUAUCAGUAUGCCCGCAUCCCUGUCUAACUUUUGA